CAGUGCUCGGAGCGCGCGACUCAGUUUACACCACCUCAUCCUGCUCGCGCUCCGGACACAGACCAGCACGCUCUCCUCCUCGCUCACUACACCGGGACACCGGAGGAACACACCGGAGGAACACACCGGAGAAACAGGAGGUUAAACACAGGAUCUGGUGGACGAUCGCCUGAGGAGAAGGAGCUGUGGAUAAGCCAGCCCCAAAGAGGAGGAACAAGAGGAGCAGCUAGAGGAGCCUGGAGGGUCUCCUUGUUCAGGACAGUGCUGCUGUAUUCCUCCUCCGGAAAGGGACGGGGAGAGAGGAUCUGUGGCUGAUCUGCAGCCAUGCACCGAUUAAGGACUACAGUUGCGAGGCUUCGGCCUUUAACGGCUGCACAGACGGCCCAGAGCCUGUCGCAGCCCAGACUGCUGGCGACGGACAGGGGCUUAAGGACGUUUAAGCCGGCGAGGCGCCUGAACACAUCUGUGGCUGCUGAGCCCUUUCUUAAUGGCACCAGCUCGAACUAUGUGGAGGAGAUGUACUAUGCAUGGCUGGAGAAUCCCAGGAAUGUGCACAAGUCCUGGGAUACGUUUUUCCGUAACGCUAACGCUGGAGCUCCGCCUGGUGCGGCCUACCAGAGCCCUCCGCCCCUCAGUGGGUCUUCUCAGGGACUGACCAGUAUCCAGGCUCUGGUGGGCGCUCAGCCCAAUGUGGAGAAGCUGGUGGAGGACCAUCUAGCUGUACAGUCACUCAUACGAGCCUACCAGGUACGAGGGCAUCACAUAGCCAAGUUGGACCCCCUGGAGAUCAGCUGUGUCGACUUUGACGACUCCCCGUGUACCGUUGGUUUCCAGAACGUUGGUUUUUACGGGCUGACUGAAUCCGACCUGGACAAGGUGUUCCGGCUUCCCACCACCACCUUCAUCGGUGGCGGCGAGAGCUCUCUGCCUCUCAGAGAGAUCAUACGACGCCUGGAGAUGGCCUACUGUCAGCACAUUGGAGUAGAGUUCAUGUUCAUUAACGACGUGGAGCAGUGCAAGUGGAUCAGACAGAAGUUCGAGACACCGGGAGUCAUGCAGUUCAGUCUGGAGGAGAAGAAGACUCUUCUGAACAGAAUGAUCCGAUCCACAAGGUUUGAGGAGUUCCUCCAGAGGAAGUGGUCUUCGGAGAAACGAUUCGGUCUGGAAGGCUGCGAAUCGCUCAUCCCGGCCCUCAAGACCAUCAUCGACCAUUCCAGUCAGAGUGGAGUGGAGAGUGUGAUCAUGGGGAUGCCUCACAGAGGGAGGCUGAAUGUGCUGGCUAACGUGAUCCGGAAGGAGCUGGACCAAAUCUUCUGCCAGUUCGACUCUAAACUAGAAGCUGCUGACGAGGGUUCUGGUGAUGUCAAAUAUCACUUGGGGAUGUGUCACAAAGUGAUGAACCGGGUCAGCGACCGGGAAAUCACCAUGGCACUCAUGGCGAACCCGUCCCACCUGGAAGCAGUGGACCCGGUGGUGCAGGGGAAGACCAAAGCUGAGCAGUUCUACUGUGGAGACACGGAGGGCAAGAGGGUGAUGUCUAUUCUGCUUCACGGUGACGCUGCGUUCGCAGGCCAGGGUAUCGUGUACGAGACGUUCCACCUGUCCAACCUGCCGUCCUACACCACACAUGGCACCAUCCACGUGGUGGUCAACAACCAGAUCGGUUUCACCACAGAUCCCAGGAUGGCGCGUUCAUCUGCUUAUCCUACAGAUGUCGCACGGGUCGUCAACGCUCCCAUCUUCCACGUCAACGCAGAUGACCCCGAGGCCGUGAUGUAUGUGUGUAAAGUGGCAGCCGAGUGGAGGAACACCUUCCAUAAAGAUGUAGUCGUAGACCUGGUGUGUUACAGACGUAACGGCCACAACGAGAUGGACGAGCCGAUGUUCACCCAGCCGCUGAUGUACAAGCAGAUCAAGAAGCAGAAAGGGGUCCUGCAGAAGUUUGCUGAGAAAGUCAUCGGCGAGGGAAUCGUCACGGCACAAACGUAUGAGGAGGAAGUAACGAGGUACGACAAAAUCUGCGAGGAAGCUUACGCUCGCUCCAAAGAUGAGAAGAUCCUCCACAUCAAACACUGGCUGGACUCCCCGUGGCCCGAUUUCUUCACAUUGGAGGGACAGCCCAAGAGUAUGAACUGCCCCUCCACCGGCAUCAGUGAAGAAGAGCUCGGCCAUAUUGGGAACAUCGCUGCCUCCGUCCCCGAGGAGGGCUUCACGAUACACGGAGGUUUGAGACGUAUCCUUAAGGGCCGCGCAAAUAUGGUGAAUCAGCGAGUGUGCGACUGGGCUCUCGGGGAAUACAUGGCGUUUGGCUCUCUGCUCAAAGACGGGAUCCACAUACGCCUCAGUGGACAGGAUGUGGAGAGGGGGACAUUCAGCCAUCGACACCACGUUCUUCACGACCAGAAUGUCGAUAAGAGGAUCUGCAUCCCGAUGAACUACAUCUCCCCCGAUCAAGCUCAGUACACCGUCUGCAACAGCUCUCUGUCUGAGUACGCAGUACUAGGUUUUGAACUCGGCUUCGCCAUGGCCAGUCCCAACGCGCUGGUUCUGUGGGAGGCCCAGUUCGGAGACUUUAACAACACGGCUCAGUGUAUCAUCGACCAGUUCAUCAGCUCAGGUCAGGCCAAGUGGGUCAGACAGAACGGCAUUGUACUGCUGCUUCCUCACGGCAUGGAGGGAAUGGGUCCAGAGCACUCGUCUGCCCGCCCUGAAAGGUUUCUACAGAUGUGCAAUGAUGACCCUGAUGUUUUCCCUAAACUGUCGGAGGACUUUGCGGUGCGUCAGCUGUACGACUGUAACUGGAUCGUCGUCAACUGCUCUACUCCUGCAAACUACUUCCACGUCCUCCGCAGACAGAUCCUGCAGCCCUUCAGGAAGCCUCUGAUAGUGUUCACUCCCAAGUCGCUGCUGCGCCACCCUGAGGCCAAGUCCAGCUUUGACGACAUGCUGCCAGCCACACACUUUAAGCGUAUAAUCCCAGACGACGGGCCUGCAGCCGCCAGCCCGGAGAAAGUGAAGAGAGUCAUUUUCUGCACCGGAAAGAUCUACUAUGAACUGACCCGAGAACGCAAGAACAGAGGGAUGGACGACGCCGUAGCUGUGGUCCGCAUCGAACAGCUCUCUCCGUUCCCGUUUGACCUGGUGAAAGCAGAGGCUGAUCGUUACCUAAACGCUGAUCUGGUUUGGUGUCAGGAGGAGCACAAGAACCAGGGCUACUACGACUACGUCAAGCCACGCAUCCGCACCACCAUCAACCGCAGCCGCCCCGUCUGGUACGCUGGUCGUGACCCUGCAGCAGCUCCAGCUACUGGGAACAAACCCACUCACCUCAUGGAGCUGCAGCGUUUACUGGACACAGCGUUCGGCCUGGAGGCGUUCUCAGGAAAAGUGUAACAGCAGGUUUACUGGUUGGUUCACCUCCCUCCACGUCUAACCUACCUGUCAACCCCGCCCUCAGACUGGCUUCACCUUCAGCCUCCAACACUUUGCAAUGAUGUGUUUUACUCCUCACUUUAUUCACAUAUCAGACCUGCUAUCAGGCGUAAUCUUCAAAAGCAAAACGCACAAUGACUUCUGACACUGUAACCGUGACAACCUCGUGUUCACAGUGAUGGACACCCCUAUAGAAAAUAAUGUAAGUUAACCUGCAUUGAAUGUAUGAAUUUAUACAAAAUUAAUUUGUAAAAGUUUUUAUUUUUAUUUUUAUUUUAUUUUGUUAAUUACAAAAUCAUGUCAACCUGCUCUGCACAUCCAGAAUACUUUACGUAAUCACCUGCUGAAGAAUCAUUGAUCAUCAUUGAAUCAUUUAGUGAUCCGUUGCCUAAAAUGGGAAAUGUUUUAGUUAUUGGACAACCAACUAAAACUACGUUUACAUGCACGCUAAUAUUCCAGUAUUAUUCUGAUAUAAUAUGACGAUAUAGUGAAUUUGAUACGGGUCAUGUAAACAAGAUAUUCCAUUUGGAUAUUCUGAAUGAGACCUUAUUCUGAACGGAGCAUAUUCAGAUUAAGACGUGUGAUAUGAUGAUAUUAUUCAGGUUUUAGGAGCAUUCUUUGGACAUGGAGACAGUCUCAAUGGGGGGUUUUACGGCUGUUUGCGACACACAGCCUUUUGUCUGUUUACAGCCGGCUCUGUGCGAUGAACACAUCGAC